AUGUCUUCAAAUGAUUCAUACACCGCGGUAUCCCACCAGCAAAUCCAGGCUCAGACCAGUAUUGAGGAGUCGGGAAUCACACCCACCUCUCCACUGUCUUUCCACCACGAUGCUCAUGAACGAGAUUCCGCUGCUCCAGAAGUCGACGAUGGCAGAACCGAGUCUCUUGAUCGGCCAUCAACUGAAGCUUCUUCCAUUCACGAUAUAGUCACUCAAAGCCAGGUCUCCAUCACUACACACCCUCUCCACAGUGAAAUCUCGUCUCCUUCAGAACUACAAAGAUUAACCAUCAAAGAUUCAAUCGGGAUCUAUGGUUUACUUAUUCUUGUGCUCGGGACUUUCACUACCCUUGCUAGUCUUGGCUUCAUCAUAUUUCUGUGGACCGGACAGGGCUCGUCUCUACAGGCUGUCCACGCAUCUCCCUCAUGGCGCGCAAUAAUCAUUGCCGGAUGGCUUACACAAGCUACCACACUUGCAGCCUUAAUCAUUCGCGCAUCAGCAGCAGCACAAGCUACUGUGUGUACUGCCAUGCUCUCCGCGCUAUUUCUUGAGAAACAAGCUGUCCCAAAGUCCGAAGCACCUCAAUUCUCAAUCCUGAGAACUGUUAAUGACGGCCCCGUUAGGCUGGCACAGUUGAUAUUCAAACGCGGGCAGUUUUCUCGGAUGUUAUGCAUAGAAACAAUCCUAGUGUUUGCCUUAGUCGUCAGCACGUUAUCUCUUCAAUUCAGUUCAACUAUCCUCUUCUCCGACCUACAUGAUUUCCAAAUAGCGGAGAAUAGCGCGUCUUUUCCGGUCAAUGAUUAUAUUUCUGAAGAAGUGGAGGGUCUAUACGUAACCGACUUCUCCCAGCUAUCCCCCCCGAAUGCUAUCUUUGGCGAGCUACCUUCUACCAGAUCCGUGGAUCCUGAUUCCGCUGGCUUCAGCAUUACCCGGCCCGUGAAGAGAGCGUUUUUACCUCUGAAAGAAUCCCAGAACAGGACAUCUAUCCACGCGUACAGUGGAAAUACAGUAACAGUAUCCUCUAACGUUGCCUGCAUGCGCCCUAUUAUGCAAUCAACCUAUCAGGGGAAGCAAUGGGGGACAGGACUUCAACCUGAACCGUUCAGUUUCGGUGAGAUAAACGGCACCCUUCAUUACGGCGAAAGUCUGCAGAAAGCUCAUUCUAUCACAAGCUUGUGUGAUUCGAAAGGGUGUUUGACUUCCGAUUUCCACUGCUCUCUUCCUGGCGGCUAUGAGGCUCACCCUGGCUGGGGGGACUCGCUCUGUUUGAUCGACGCUGUAAAUGGUGAUUCUCCCCCCAGCGAUGCUGGCGUCAAAUGGAACUCGACGACUGAACCGUGGUCUGACAAAUCUAUUAGUGACUGGAACGCAUCUCGUAAUGUCAGGGGAAUGGAGGCAAUUCCGGCCACUGACAUUGGAGAAUGGAAGAGCUUCGAGAUACAGCAGGAUCGCUUUAUCAACGUAACAUUGUGCUUUUCAUCAUUCCACGCGGAAUUAACGUUUGGAAACUGGUCCACAAUAGGUGUUGGUGACUCAAGCAAGGUUCGCAAGUACCUGGGUGUCAGUGAUAAGAAUAGUACUCUCGCAGAUCGGGGUCUUCUUACGAUCAACGAUAUCCGAGCGCCGCAAAAGCUCGCUCCUUUAGAUCCCAAUGGCCCUAAUUAUAAUGACAGCUCAAAGCCUCAGCAAACGUUGGCGGAAAGGGGAGCGAGCGAUUACGAAGCACUGGUUUAUUACCAACUCACAUAUUCCUCAUCUGAUAUACCCUCCAUUAUAGGAUGCAAUGUGUGUACCUUCUUGGGGAACACUCAAAACCCCCAACGGAUCCAGAUUCUACAAGACACGAUUGCUGAAACCAAAAGAGCCGCUGAUGCAAUACAGGCAUGGACAACAUCUAUCAGCAAUACCAUUUACUAUGAUUUUCUCUCGAGCUUCAAUGCAGCGGAACAGAUAGGAGGAGGAAACGGACUCAAGGGCUUGAUUUCAGUUAUAGCUCUUGUUUCCUUUCACUUGGUAUGUGUUGGCUUGACGUCAAUAUUCUUCGUGAGACGGACACAAUACUCGCGGCAGGGAAAUACGUGGCACACUAUCUCCCAGCUCAUCGGGCCUGAGUUGAACUCCAUGCUUGAGAGAAGCGACAACAUGGAUGACUCUACGAUUGCAAAAGAGGCAAAAGAAAACGGAGAUAAUGUUCUCGUAAGGCUUGAAAAGACCGGAGAUGGAAGGAUCGGCCUCGUCAGGAAAGAGGAGCAGCCCAAAUCGUCACACAAGAAAGAAAUCGCCAGUGAUGAGGCUGUACUCAACGAUGCAUAG